AACCUUGCAAAGUCACAUCUGUCCUCAUGUCCCAAAACAUCUACAGUGUUGUCAGCAUUGCUGUCACAGGACCAAUCCUGUGUGCUUAACGUUCACUGCAGGCUCCCUCAUACUCUGUCAGAACCUGCAUUUAAUCAGAGGGCAUGUUUCGCAGUGCAGAAAAUCGCACAGGAGGAAUGGACUUGUACUGCUCUACAUACUGAAUUUGUGUCGAAUAUGAUGAUGCUUCUCAUGAUAUCAGGACUACACUUUGUGCAGAUGAGUGGACAUCCGCCGCAGCGGCGGGCCACGAAUGUCGGCUCUAUUCUCCUGACUCCGCAAGAGAACGAAUGCCUCUUCAAUUACCUUGGCAGGAAGUGCAUCACCCUGUGUUCGGCUGUAGUGCAGGUGUAUGCUGCUGACAGGACUUCCACAUGGGUGAAGAGGUGCUGUGGGGUUGCCUGUCUGGUCAAAGACAAUCCCCAGAGAUCUUACUUCAUCCGAGUCUUCGACAUCAAGGAUGGGAAAAUGAUGUUUGAGCAGGAGUUCUACAACAGCUUCUCCAUCAGCUGCUCCAGAUCCUACUUCCUUUCGUUUGCGGGAGACUCCUGCCAGAUGGGACUGAACUUCGCUAAUGAAGAGGAGGCCAAGCGUUUUCGGGCAGCAGCGGGGGAGCUGAUUGGGAGACGACAGAGGAAAACCGAGAAAAGACGUGACCCUCCCAAUGGGCCUGCUCUACCCAUGGCAACAGUGGACAUCAAGAACCCGGAGAUAAACAACGUGCGUUUCCAUAACAACAACAUCAUGCACAGCAGCUUCAGCAAGGAGAAGAAGAAGGUGAAGGGGAAGAGGAAGAGGCUGACCAAGGCCGACAUCGGCACGCCCAGCAACUUCCAGCACAUCGGACACGUCGGCUGGGAUCCCAACACAGGCUUUGAUCUGAACAACCUGGACCCCGAGCUGAAGAACCUGUUUGACAUGUGCGGCAUCUCCGAGGCCCAGCUCAAGGACAAGGAGACGUCCAAGGUCAUCUACGACUUCAUCGAGAAGAAGGGCGGCGUGGAGGCCGUCAAGAACGAGCUGCGCAGACAAGCACCACCACCUCCUCCUUCCAGGGGUGGAGCCCCUCCGCCACCCCCUCCUCACAAUUCGGGCCCCCCGCCCCCUCCCCCUCCUGCCCGAGGACGAGGAGCGCCCCCGCCUCCUCCCCCCUCCCGCGCCCCCACAUCCGCCCCCCCGCCCCCUCCACCCUCCAGAUCCAGCAUAGGAGCCCCCCCUCCCCCGCCGCCUCGCCCACGCGGGGUCACCUGCCGCCCCCCCCCUCCCCCCUCUCACGCGUCCCUGGCCCCGCCCGCGCCCCCUCCCCCGCCGCCCCCCCCCUCGUCCUCUCCGGGCCCCCCGCCGCCACCCCCUCCCCCCCCUCCGCCCGGGCCCCCGCCCCCCGGCCCGCCCUCGCUGGACGGGGGGGAGCCGCUGCCCCCCCCGCAGGGUAAAUCGGCGCUGCUGGAGCAGAUCCGGGGGGGGACCCAGCUGAAGAAGGUGGAGCAGAGCAGUCGGCCCGUGUCCAGCACAGGACGAGACGCGCUCCUCGACCAGAUCCGACAGGGCAUCCAGCUCAAGACUGUGACUGACGGGCCAGACUCGGCCCCUCCCACUCCAGCGCCCUCCGCAGGCAUUGUGGGGGCUCUCAUGGAGGUGAUGCAGAAGAGGAGCAAGGCCAUCCACUCCUCAGAUGAAGAUGAAGAUGACGAUGAUGAAGAAGACUUUGAGGAUGAUGAUGAGUGGGAUGACUAGUGAGCCCCGUCUUCCCCCGAUAAUUAAGACACUAAAUCGCUCCCGUAUUUCUGAAUCUUAUUCAAAUUAUAAUGUAAAUGUAGUUUGCUGUAUAUUUUUGCCUUUUUUGUUAUUGUUUUUUUUUUUGUUUUGUUUUUGCUUUUUUAUUGUUAUUAAUCUGUGCAAUACCUCAUUUAAUCUGUAAAGGUUUGUCUAUUUCUGUAAAGUUUUUUUUUUUUUUUUUUUCCCUGGAUUAACAUGUGCAAUUUUACAUCAUGACAAAUUCUCUUUGAUUUGUAGAUUUGAAUGUUUCGUUUUCUUUUGUUUGUCAGUACAGGAAAGGGAGACUUAAGAAAGGAGCCGAGAGUCUUUAAUGUUGUUAUUGUUAGUUAAUUCCAGAUAACACUAUUUUCAUACCCUACUUUUCGGUAUCUUAAAUUUUCUUAUCGAAAUCCUAGUUUAGCACUAUUUUUUUCUUAUGAAUGAGCUAUUGGAAAAUCUAGCCCAUCGUUUCCAGUGUAAAUUUACACAGAGUUUGAGGCUGUUAUAUUUUUGCACGAAUCAAAAAAAAAAGAAAAAAAAAGGAAAUUCACUACGAGGGUGUGAGGCUAUCUGACUGGAGGCUUUGCCAUUUCACUACAAAAGCCAGACCUGUAGACCUGGAGCAUCACACGGUAGCCUGAUAUUUCUUGGGAUAUGUUUUUUUGUCAUUUAUUUUCACUUCAUCUUGUAUAUUUCAUGAUUUUUGACAAAGAAAUUGUAAGUUUCUUUUUACCGUAGCAAUCAGAAGAAUGGGAUUGUUGUCGGAAAUCAGGUCAGUGUUCAUCUUAAGCAACAACAAAAAAAAAGGAAAAAAUAUUACAGGUCAUCUUAAUUUAAAUUUAAUGGAAUUUGCAACUGACUGUCUCAUAGUGUUGCGUAUUAUAAUAAUAUUGGCUGCCGUACAAAGCAGGGAGCUAAACAUCUGCAAGAUGCUUUUAAGGGGGUGUGGCUUUGAACCCAAUAACCACAUGCAAGAUAAUAUUGCCUGCAAAACACUAAUGAUCCUUUUGUGUUGUGACGAAUGCUGUUUUUAACAGUGUUGUACAUCUGAAUUUUACAAUCUUCCCAGGGGUUGUGCUGCAUUUAAGGAACCACAAUAUUGACUUUGAAUCUUUAAAUAGGUUGGGAAAACAAUGGAAUACUAAAUUGUAUACUUAAAUAAAUGUUAAUAUUUACAGACCUU